GUCGCUGCCGCGCGGUUACGCGUUGUUUAUCUCCCGGCCGAGUCCUGCACCCGCUGCCCGUCCCGCCCGGGCCGCGUCGCAGCCGCAGCGGCCCCGCCCUCAACUGCGGCCUCGGCCGCAGCGCCUCCCGCCCCUGAGGGCCGGAGUCGCGUGCGGGGCCGCUCCUCAGCCGCCGCUUGGCCGCGGGCCCUGAGCGGCCAGAGCGGCUUCCUCGGGGCGGUGCCGGGCCGGCCGCGGCAGCGCCGCCGUGAGGGGCUGGGAGUAGCGCGGAGACCCUCCCCGGCGAUAGGGGCCUGGCGAUGCGGGGCGGCCCCGGGCCGGCCAGACGCGCCGAGGCCGUGUGCGGCCCCUCAGUGAUACAGGAUGCUGUUUCCUUUGGUGUUGUGUGCAAUUGUGCUAAUAGGGAGCGGUAAAGUUCAAGAUGAUGAAUGGAUUGACCCCACGGAUAUGCUCAAUUACGAUGCAGCAUCAGGAACAAUGAGAAGACCUUACAAGGUAGAAAAGGCAAACUAUCCUGACUCUGAGGAUAAAACUGUGGAUACAGUCAGUACUGAAAUCUUAACAAGUUGUUCCAGGGAAGUAGUUUCCUUGCAACAGAAGAUUGCAGAUUGUGAGAAGAAGCAUGCCAAAUCACAUGAGAGCCGCAGCUUUUAUAUUUUUAAGCGAUACUUGAAUAAGAUCUUAAAUGAAGCUGGAAAACUUGGCCUUCCUGAGGAAGAUGUGGGCCAUGUCCAUUACGAUGCUGAGAUCAUCCUUACAAAACAGACAUAUUUGGAGAUCCUCAGGUUUCUCAAUGAGGAAACUUGGCAGUCAGGUGCUGUGGAUGAUGCACUUAGUGACAUUUUGAUCAGAUUUAAGCAUCAUGAUUAUAAAGCUUGGCACUGGAAAUUUGAAGACACUUUUGGAAUUGAUCUAUAUAAUAUGUUUCUGAUACUCUUGUGCUUAGUGUGCAUUGUAAUGGUAAUAGCUACGGAGCUCUGGACACGUAUUCAUUGGUUUGUUCAGCUUAAACGUGUCUUCUUAAUAAGUUUUCUAAUCAGUUUUGCAUGGAAUUGGCUUUACUUAUAUAAGCUGGCCUUUGCGCAGCAUCAAGCAGAAAUUGCGAAAAUGGGGCAGUUCGAUAACGUCUGUGCUGAGAAGCUGAACUGGAGGGAAAGUCUUUUUGAAUGGUUCAGAAAUCAGUGGACAUUUCAGGACGAUCCCUGUCAGAAGUACUAUGAGACACUACUAGUAAACCCUGUCUUGCUGGUUCCACCGACGAAGGCAUUGGCAAUUACUUUCACCAGCUUUGUAACUGAGCCUUUGAAGCACAUAGGACAAGGUAUUGGUGAAUUCAUCAAAGCACUUAUGAAGGAGAUACCACUUAUUCUGCAGAUUCCAGUGCUAAUUAUGAUGGCUCUGGCUGUCCUGGCUUUCUGCUAUGGUGCAGGAUCAUCAGUGUCUGUGUUAAGAUACUUAACUUUUCAGAAGAAAAGUCUUCCUCCUCCACCUGCCAGUCAACAGGAGAGAAUAGACUUUGGGCAGUAUGCUGGGAGCAGCCCCGAUGGCUGUUAUUCGCAGAAGCUCCCUUACAUUUACGGAGGACCUUACGACAGAGGAGAUGCUCCUGUGAGACCAGGAAGUGGCAGCAGAAGUCCUGACGUCGUGCGCGCAGGCGACAAGCCAGACACGCAAGUAGAAGAGCCUCACAAACCAGAGCCUGGUAAUAGAUUGCACACUGAGUCUGAAGUCUGUAGAGUAGAAAGUAUCACAGCUGAAAACCUUACUGAAGAACAUGCACUUGAGCAGCAGAAACAGGAGACAGGCACAGCAGAGCGAGAGACUGGAGAAAAUUGUGAUCCUAAUGAAAACCUAGAAGGGAAAUGUUCUGCAAUGGAACCCUGUGAAGAGAAGAAAAAGAGCGGCUCACAUGACUCACAGGAAGGAGACUAAGGAAGCCCCAAGCUCUGCCGGGGCGUAGAGGAUGUUGCCACUGGAGCAGCUGAGAGUCUGUUCUUCUCCUGAAAGUAGCAUCUCUGAUCGUCCAUCCUGUUACUCUGGAAUCGACUCAGCAGAUCAAAGAACCCUUCAUCUGCCACUGUCUCGCGACUGUUUUUCUGAAGAGGAGAGAAGAGUUAGGCGUAUUUUGAACUCAAGUGUACCUAAAACCAGGACAACUGCUCCACAGUUGUGUUCCAGUAAUAUGUUUGAUGUUUGUGUAUCUUAAAACCAUUAAAUCUAUUUGUAUAGACACA